AUGCCGAAAAGCCGCUCACUUCCUCCUACGCUUAAGCAGCUCCUUCAACAGCCCACGUUUCCCGCCCGAGCUUCAAAGCUGUCAGCAUCGAAACAGCUCCCAGCUGGACGGCAAGCCAACCCUGCGCCCACUCCGAAGCUUACAGCUGUCAGCCAGCACUUCCGUAGCCUUCAGGCAGAGGCCACACAAAAAGGCAUCGGGUGGGGCGAAUGGAUAUCAAUCGCAACAGCGACAUUAUUCACUCUGAACAACCCAGGCAGCCUGCAUGCAUUGCAUCAAUUCGCAGCUGGAUCCAAGACAGAGGACCUGGAGCACAGAACCAACGUGGCUCUUCUGAUGCGAGAGACGGGUCUCAAAUGCAUCGGAUUCAUAGGUAUCCCCAAGGUGAUCAACAAUCUUGCUGCGCUGCGAAAGGUGGUAGAAGAGGAUGAUCAGCUCGUACAGGCGCUGCCGACGCAACCAAGGAGACAGAUCGGAAAGGAUCGACUUGAUGAUGUUCACAAAGCGGCGUAUGGGCUUUGGGACGACAUCUAUACACCACAUUCCGAGAAAUUGCUUAAGAUUCUCGGCAGCUCGCACCCCGAUUUACCUGUCUUCAUCGUCGAGUCCGAAUACGGUCCUUUGUUCUCAUCGCCCGCUUCGUUUGCUCUUCCCUCGGACCCAGAGCUAAUGAAAACAGAACCGAGCUGGGAUGUCAACCGUCUACGUACCUCGCUCGUUGCUAUUUCGGCACUGAGAGCUCAAGGUGGUGUAGGUCCUCAGGUAACAAGCCACGUUUGGGGUCUGAUGAAGGCCAAGGACUCGAUUAAGCCGGAUGAUGCUAGCAAGCAGGGCCUCGAGUGGUUGACCACUGAGGAAGGCGCUCUUUGGGUGGUGCGCACUGUUGACAGCCUAUGUGAAGCCAUCGAAGGAGCCGAAGAAUUCGAAGGACAGGGCAAAGACAGUAAGCUUUGA